CUUUGAGCUUGGAGUGGAAGGGCAAGUAUUUCAAGUGGGUUGGGGGCAGCCAGGUAUAAAGUAAAGGUAAGAGUGAGAAGUUUCAUCCCAGGAAUCCUGAGAGAUAAAAGAAGAAGAUGAAAGCCAUUGUACUGAGCACCGUGUUCGCUGCCUUCCUAUUUCUAGAACUACAGUGUUACGCGUGUCCUCCAAAUGAAUGUGAUGGUCAAGCUCUAACAACAUGUGACGCUAAGCAGGACACCUGUGAGGUCAUCUAUGAACGUACACCUGAAAAUCCUAGAGCUUUUUUGAAAAAGUGUGGCUAUGAAGCUCAUUGUAAGGAACAUCAGAAGAACUUUGAAGGCACAGUGACCUGCUGCAAGGAGACCAGGGAUUACACAUCUGGAAUCGUGUAUAGCUGGCAAGGCGGCUCUCCAAGGCAGCAAACGCGUUCUAACAACUUUGGCCUGCCGAGACACCGUCCAGAAGCCGGCGCUCCCCUGCCGCUCUACACACGGCGAACCCCGCCUCCCCCUCGGAGCACUGACAGCGACUCAGACGAGCGGUUCAGCUCUGAGUCUGAACGUGGCACUCACGGUUACAGAGGAUCGCCGAAGCCUUUUUUAGGCGAACAGAGGAAGCAGAACCGGAGAGAACCGGACUGGCGAGGAACAAGAGGAGCUCACGCGGAAUUGGUCGCAGGCGGAUACUUACCCAACGCAGACCGGUACAGAGGCAGUUCUACCAGUCCUACUGAAUGAGUUGUCUCGAACAAGAGGGCACGGACACAAUGGACAUUAUAACUAAAUUACUAUGGUGAGGAUAACUUAUUGUUAUUUAAAAGCUUUUGAAACAUAAUUGUAACUCGUUAAACUACUGGAAUUGCUAUUGGUGUUACAAAUGAAUAGAUGGAAACAUAGUAUUCAUAUGUUGGAAAUAUACUGUUGUAUAGCUGUCUACUGGCCACAAGAUGGAGCUGUAGAUGCACGUGGGGUUUAUGGGUAAUGGGGGGCUUAAAAGCUGUUUUUUCUGACACUGUUUGUAACAUGCACCAGAGGAAGGGCCAGAUGGGUCCGAAACAUGUA